AUGGAGGGGCCCGGAGGGGGCCGGCGCGCGGGGGCGGGGGGCUGCGGCCGGGCCAAUGGGGACGUGGAGCGCCAGGCCCGAGCUGCCGGGAUUGGAGGGGCCGGGCCGGGCGGGCGGGGCGCAGGGGGCGAGGACGCGGAGCCCCAGACCGACGGGGGCGCAGGGCAGAGAGCCGCGCCCGAAGAGCGGGACCCAGACAGACUCCCGGGGCAAGCGGAACGCGAGACGAUGGGCGAAGCUUCAGGGUCAGCUCUGAAACCCAGGGGACAGGGGGCAGACACCCAACAGCGAUUGCCGCCGCGCCGCCGCGGCCGCCAGCGCUACGUGGAGAAGGACGGCCGGUGCAACGUGCAGCAGGGCAACGUGCGCGAGCCGGGCCGCUACCUGACCGACCUGUUCACCACGCUGGCCGACCUGCAGUGGCGCCUCAGCCUGCUCUUCUUCGUGCUCGCCUACGCGCUCACCUGGCUCUUCUUCGGCGCCAUCUGGUGGCUGGUGGCCUACGGCCGCGGCGACCUGGAGCACCUGGGCGACGCGGCGUGGACGCCGUGCGUCAACAACCUCAACGGCUUCGUGGCCGCCUUCCUGUUCUCCAUCGAGACGGAGACCACCAUCGGCUACGGGCACCGCGUCAUCACCGACCAGUGCCCCGAGGGCAUCGCGCUGCUGCUGCUGCAGGCCAUCCUGGGCUCCAUGGUGAACGCCUUCAUGGUGGGCUGCAUGUUCGUCAAGAUCUCGCAGCCCAACAAGCGCGCCGCCACGCUCGUCUUCUCGUCGCACGCCGUGGUGUCGCUGCGCGACGGCCGCCUGUGCCUCAUGUUCCGCGUGGGCGACCUGCGCUCGUCGCACAUCGUGGAGGCUUCCAUCCGCGCCAAGCUCAUCCGCUCGCGCCAGACGCUCGAGGGCGAGUUCAUCCCGCUGCACCAGACCGACCUCAGCGUGGGCUUCGACACGGGCGACGACCGCCUCUUCCUCGUGUCGCCGCUCGUCAUCAGCCACGAGAUCGACGCCGCCAGCCCCUUCUGGGAGGCGUCGCGCCGCGCCCUGGAGAGGGACGACUUCGAGAUCGUCGUCAUCCUCGAGGGCAUGGUGGAAGCCACGGGAAUGACAUGCCAAGCUCGGAGCUCCUACCUGGUGGAUGAGGUGCUGUGGGGCCACCGCUUCACAUCCGUGCUCACCCUGGAGGAUGGCUUCUAUGAGGUGGACUAUGCCAGCUUCCACCAGACCUUUGAGGUGCCCACACCCUCGUGCAGCGCCCGGGAGCUGGCCGAAGCCGCUGCCCGCCUUGACGCCCAUCUGUACUGGUCCAUCCCCAGCCGGCUGGACGAGAAGGUGGAGGAGGAGGGGGCCGGGGAGGGGGCGGGGGGAGAGGCUGGUGCUGACAAAGAGCAGAAUGGCUGCCUGCCGCCCCCAGAGAGCGAGUCUAAGGUGUGACCAGUUUCCUCCAGACCCCUGUGGCAGGGCCAGACACCGGUACCUGGGAGCUGCAUGUCAGAGGUGGAGAAGGAGGCAGGCAAGAGCCCUGGGAAUGUGCUGAAGCUGGGGCGCCCCCUCAGAUUCUCAAGCC